ACUUCACGGCACUGUUAUCUGCUCUCUUGCUCCGUUGACGAGAAGCUGAUACCAAGAAUAGACUUCCUGCAAAGUUCCGGAUUCAGCCUAAGAGAGGCGAGAUCGAUGGUGAGGAGGUUUCCGCAGUUGUUCUGCUAUGGGAUUAAGGGGAAUUUGGAGGUGAAAUUGGGGUUUCUCAUGAAUGAGAUGAAGAGAGAGCUGAGGGAGGUGAAGGAGUUUCCGCAGUACUUUUCGUAUAGUUUGGAGAAGAGGAUAAAGAGGAGGCAUCUGUUUUGUGAAGAGAAAGGGGUGUUUUUUACGUUGCCGGCGAUGUUGAAGCCGAACGAUGAGGAGUUUAGAGAGAGGGUGGAGGUUUGUGUUGGGCCUUCGCCGCCGGCGAGGAAUUCGCCGCUUUGCUAAUGCAUCUGCUGCAACAAUUUCUGCUAACAUCAACUCAAUUCCCUUGCUCAAUGAGACAAAUUUCAAGGUUUGAAAAGAAAACAU